CUCAGAAGUACCAGCAGGAGCUUUGUCCAACCCACUGGUCCCAUUUAAUCUGAGAUCAGCUGGGACUGAGAGUGUCAUUCCCGCCCCUCCAACCCAUGCAGUAACUGUGAGCAGCGAUGGGGAAGAUUGACAACACGUCUGUGGAGCUAAAUUCGCCCUCCGAGGUGAAGCAGGCAGCCAUUGAGGAAUUUGCGCUAAUCGCCCAAGGAGAUGGGAGCACCAAGAAGAUGAAGGAGCUCCCAGACAGAGGUUCUUGGAAGGGCAAAUUUGACUUCCUGCUGUCCUGCGUGGGCUACGCCAUUGGGCUGGGCAAUGUCUGGCGGUUUCCGUAUCUCUGUGGCAAGAAUGGAGGAGGGGCUUUCUUGAUUCCCUAUUUUCUGACGCUGCUGUUUGCUGGGAUUCCUGUCUUCCUGCUGGAGACAGCUCUCGGCCAGUAUACCUCUGUUGGCGGAUUGGGGGUCUGGAAAUUAGCGCCCAUGUUCAAAGGAGUGGGCCUGGCUGCUGUGGUUCUCUCGUUCUGGCUGAAUAUCUAUCACAUUGUCAUCAUUGCCUGGGCACUGUACUAUCUCUUCAACUCUUUCACUGCGGAUCUGCCAUGGCAAAGCUGUGGCAAUGCCUGGAACACAGAGAGAUGCUUUUCCAACUACUCCCUCAAUGAUACCACCAACCUGACCAGCGCUGUGACCGAGUUCUGGGAGAGGAACAUGCACCAGAUCUCUGGUGGCCUGGGGGAGCCAGGUAACAUCCGCUGGCCCCUAGCAGGCACUCUCGCUUUAGCGUGGGUUCUGGUCUAUUUCUCUAUCUGGAAAGGAGUAGAGUGGACUGGAAAGGUUGUAUAUUUCUCAGCCACCUACCCUUACUUCAUAUUAAUUAUUCUUUUCUUCCGUGGUGUCACUCUACCGGGAGCCAAGGAGGGAAUUCUCUUUUAUAUCACACCAGACUUCAGCAAACUCUCUAAGUCUGAGGUCUGGAUGGAUGCAGCCACACAGAUCUUUUUCUCCUAUGGACUGGGGUUGGGAUCUCUGAUUGCCCUGGGAAGCUAUAACUCCUUCCAUAACAAUGUAUACAAAGACUCAAUCAUCGUCUGCUGUAUAAAUUCCACCACCAGCAUAUUUGCAGGAUUUGUGAUUUUCUCCAUUGUUGGCUUCAUGGGUCAUAUCACCAAGAAGUCAAUUGCUGAGCUGGCAUCUUCAGGUCCAGGACUGGCUUUCCUCGCCUACCCACAGGUUGUCACGCAGCUGCCCAUGUCCCCUCUCUGGUCGAUUCUCUUCUUCUCCAUGUUAAUGAUGUUAGGCCUUGACAGCCAGUUCUGCAUCGUGGAGGGGUUUGUCACAGCCCUGACAGAUGAGUAUCCCUAUCUCCUCAGGGCCAGGAAGAAGCUCUUCAUUGCUGUGGUCUGUCUUAUCUCCUACAUUGUCGGAUUCUCCAACAUCACCCAGGGUGGCAUUUAUGUCUUCAAGCUGUUUGAUUAUUAUUCAGCCAGCGGCAUGUGUCUUCUCUUCCUCGUCUUCUUUGAGACCAUCUCAAUUUCCUGGUGUUAUGGUGUGAACAGAUUUUACAGGAACAUUGAAGAGAUGAUUGGCUACCAACCUUGCAGCUGGCCAUGGCCUAUUAUCAAAUACUGCUGGCUCUUCAUCAUGCCAGCUGUCUGCAUGGUGACCUUCCUGUUUUCUCUGAUUAAAUAUACCCCUCUGACCUACAAGAAGUACGUGUACCCGUGGUGGGGAGACACCCUGGGCUGGCUGCUGGCUCUCUCAUCUAUGGUCUGCAUCCCUCUCUGGAUUGUCUACAAACUCUCAAUGAUCAAGGGCUCCCUGAGAGAGAGAUUCCGCCAGUUGGUCUGCCCAGAUGAGGACUUACCUUUCAGUCUGGGUGCAGGGCAGCCCCUUCCUUCCACUAGACCCAGCCUCCUGAUGCUGACAGAGCUAGAGUCCCAUUGUUAGGGCCACUGUGGCCCCCUGGAUUGUUUGAUACACUCCUUCCAGCUGUCAGAUGACUCAAGGAUUCUCCACUUGCCGAGGGGAGCAGGACUUGUGAGCUGAUCUCUCUUCCGCUGGAGGAUUUGAUGGGAUCAGCAGGGGCUGCCAUAGAAGGGUCUCCAAGGACAGUGUGGAGUCAGCAAUGCACCUCAAUCAUCUCCUGGGGAGCACACACAGGAGCUGAUUCAAACAGCUGAGAGUCCCCAACACUCCAGUGGGUGGGACAGGAGAGACUCAGCCCUGGAGUGGAGACUGUCAAAGGGUCACAGAGGCUCU